UGGUUAAAACCCCUUCAACAUUUACAGGGCUUUAAACUUGCAGACAUGCAGACUACAGUAAUAGCAGAAAAGCAGUGUUUUGACUGGCAUAUCAAAUAAGGGGAGAAGGAAAUUCUCAGUUAUUUUUUUCCAGAGGAAAAGAGAUUGUGAGUACUCUGGAACAUGGAACCAGAUUACUAUCCUCCUGCACGUAUAGGAAAGAAAAAAGAUAUGUAUAUGUUUCUAGCUCUUCAUAUGGAGAAAUCUCCAGCAUGUAAUAAUGCACCUGAAAAGUUCAAUAAAACUGGUAUUGUGGUAUGUGAGGCAGACAAAAUACACAGAGUGAUGGCAAUGGGCUGCUCCACACAAAACCUACAUGCUGUGCAACAAAUCGUCCUGAAUGUUCCCCGUUCGUUAAGUAACUGCACUGUGUAUUUGUCCAGGAAACCUUGUUCUAUGUGUGCUACUUUUCUCAUUCAAGGAUCAGUUGCUUCAGUCUAUUACUGGCCAUUUUCUCCUGAAAUAAAGGGCGAAAAAAAAGAAGUCGAGGAAGAUCUCAAGCAAGUAGACCAAAUGUUUCUAAGAAGUCAUAUAAGUAGCAGUGUUUUUUUGCCGGAUGUAGAUUCUGACAUGGUGAAGUCUAAGAUUUCACGACGCAUCAGAAGACAGCAGUGUCCAAAAUGCAAGCUUACCUAUACUGACACUGUGCCAGAAGACAUGGAAGAUAUUUGUUCAUUGUUGAAUAUGAAGGGCCAUGCAAAUGCAUGUAAAGUGCAGAUGUACCAUGCAUUGCGUUCUCUUGAUUACUUGCUGCACUGCUCUCAUGGGAAGUUUGAAAUAAAAGAUACUGAUGUGGAAGAAAGGCACACUCACGCAUUACAGCUUUGUUAUCUUCUAGCUGCCAGAUCUGAUGAUCCAAAUCAAGGUGUUGGAUGCAUAUUAUACAGUCAGAAUGGAUACUUUUUUGGUGUAGGUUAUAAUGGAUACCCUAUUGGUGCAAAAUACGGAAACCUGCCUCGUCGGGGGAGAAUCAACAAAAAUAAGCAAGGAACUGCAAAAAAGCCAUUCCUUGUCCAUGCUGAAGUAAAUGCUCUCCUAUUCAGAAGUAAAAAAAAAAUAGAAGAGAAUGAUGUUCUUUACUGCAGCAAACCUCCAUGCCUUGAAUGUCAAAACUACAUCGAGUGUGUCGGCAUAAAGAAUAUUGUUUCUGUACAUGAAUCAUCAAAGCCAACAUCAAACCAAGAAAGCAUCCUAGAGUCUUUAAAGAAGAAAUUCACAUAUAAUCAGUGGGAACCCCUACAUAUGGAAAGUGAAGCUUCUGUAUCCAGUAAACCACAGGAGGAUUCAGAGGAAAAACAUGGAGAAGAUUUCAAAAGAGAGAGUGAUAAAGGUCCUCCUGAUCGUCUGCAGGAAAAAGAAGAUUUGUGCAUCUUCUUAGCACUUCAUAUGGAAAAUUCACCAAAUUGUAAAAUUCUGGGAGGGAAUGAUGGGGAUAGUCAACCAAACACAGGAGGGAAUGAUGGGGAUAAUCAACCAAACACAGGAGGGAAUGAUGGGGAUAAUCAACCAAACACAGCAAUUUUUUGCAAAACUGGGAUUGUCAUCUGUGAAGCAGAAAAACCAAAAAGGAUUAUCACAAUGGACUGCUCCACCACGGAGUUGCAUGCUGUACCAAAAGCAUUGUUAAGACUUCCAAAUGCAGUGAGAGGCUGUGAAGUUUAUCUCUCUCGAAUGCCUUGCCUCAGUUGUGCAAAAUUUUUGGUUCAAGCACAAGUCUCCAAAGUGUCCUACUGGCCUAAUCUUGAAAUGCAAAUCACAGAAACAAGUAUGAAUCAACUUGAAGUGGAAACAAAACAGGUUGAUGGCAUCUUUAGAGAAAGCUAUAUCACUGCAGAAAUCUACAUACCAAUUCUAGAUUAUAAAACAGUGGAUAAGAAGAUUUUUCCAAAGACUGGAUCACCUGACUAUCAUAUGACACUUGCUCCAAUUAAUUCCAUAUUUGACCAGAAAGCAUCACGUAAACUUCUGGAAAUACUUAACCUGCAGCAUGUUAAAAAAGAGAAUCAAUUCACAAAAUCAUAUAAAGAACAGAUUAAAAAUGCACAGAAAUGCUUUCAGAAAUUGGCAAGUGGUAUUGAUAAUCAGAUAACUGAAAAAAAUGUUGAAAAAUCAGUACAUAUCAUUACACACAAAAAUUCUGAAUAUAUUCAUCCAUUACAGCUCUGUUACUUACUAGCAGCAAGAAAUGAUAGUUAUAAUACUGGAGUGGGAACACUGAUAUACCAUAAAGACAUCAUUGUUGCUGUUGGCUACAAUGGAUAUCCAAAAGGGACAGUGAAUAGUCUGUUUGCAAAGAAGGAUGAUGGCAGUUUUGAUGAGCGGGGAGUCAUAUGUGCAGAAGCUAAUGCAAUCAUUUUGAGAACUGAGGAAGAUUUGAAUGGCGCUGUAUUAAUCACCACAGUGGAGCCCUGCAGUGACUGCAUGAAACUGAUUGAACAAAUGAAGAUACAGAAAGUCAUUUGGCCUGAUCGAGUGAGAAAUGACCAAGCAAAAGAAGCAACUGAAGAUCCAGCAAAUAGUGGAGUACCACAGCUCAUGAAACCUAGAGGAGUCGUAGAUCUGACCAAGUGGUUUGAAAUGGAUGAAGAGCGAAAUAAAAUAAAGGACACUGAAGAAACUUCAGUCUUAGGAGAGGAAGGAGAGAAGAAGGCUAUAGUAGCAGAGGAAGAAUUAUCAUCUGGGAAAGCCACUGUAACUUCCUCAGAAGCAUCUGCCUUGCAAGGAGAUGAUUCUGAUGUAACAAAAGAUGUCAGUGAAGAAACAAAGCCUCUAGUUUCUUAGAUUGAAUCAUUGAAGUUUGCAUCCCAUAAUGGAGAAGAACCAUGUGUGAAAGCAGUAGAAGAUGAAGGAAUAAACAUCUGGAAUAAUCAAAAUCCUCAUUCUCACUCAAAUAUUGGGAAAAUGAACUUGAAAUGUCAG